AUGGAGGGUGUUCAUCAACGAUUCAACAGCUAUGUGCUCUGGUACGUCGACCUUCGAUACGACAGAUUUAAACUUCUCCAUGAAAUCCCUCAUGCUUUGCCCAUUAGCGUGGUUGAGAUUCCAGAGAUCUGUGGCGGUGGCUUCCUGACGAGUAAACAUGAUAUAGUUCUUGAGGAAAGCCGUCGAGAGGUCGUGAAAGCUGCUGACGGAGUCUCUUGCCUUAAAAUGGAUUUACCAGAACUCCCGCCGAGGAUGUUUACAUUAGGAGAAGAGCCCGAUGCAAUCAGGAGCAUUUCGUAUCAUUCUGAUGACACGAAGUUGUUUAAAUCUCUAUGUGAUUGUCUCACAGCUGACGAAUAUGAGGAUCUGAAGGCGUCGAAGUUAGGAGUGUUCAUCAAAUUCAAGGAGCUUGACUUUGGUUGGACUUCAAGGCUGAUACAUUUUUUGCUCUGUUUCCAGCUGGACAUCAAGAAGAAGUUUGAGCUCUGGAGUCUUGUCGUUUCACAACCUGUGAGGUUUUCACUGAUAGAGUUUGAACACCUCACUGGGCUGAACUGCGAUUACAUCAAGGACCUGGAAAAUCCAAGGUGUGAGGUUACGUCGGAGAUGGCUACUUUCUGGGAGAAGAUGCGUGUUGAUAUCGAUACUGGGCCAAGUAUUGAACAGAUAACAGAAGCAUUUUACAACUGCGACGAGUGGUCUCCGGAUGAUCGCAUGCGGCUGGGAUACCUUGCCAUCUACGCAGGAUACAUCGAAGGGAAAAAGUUCUCAUCCGCUACAUCAGCUAGUCUUGCAAGGCUAGUGCUGAUGGAUUCUCUGAAGGCAAAAGACUUGACGCAAACUGGUUACACUGUUGAUGGGUUCAUACAAGUGCUCCAAGUGUGGGCGUACUAUGCUAUGCCAGAAUUGGGUGCUAAUUAUGGGUCUCCCAUACCAAACAGACCGUCUCCACUGUUGCUGGCUUACAAGGGUGGCAAAAGACAACGCAAAUGUUUUAAGGCUGCUAUCAAUAAACAGACUAUCGUGAAGAACUUCGUUCAGAAGGAUUUUGAUGAAAUGUUUCCAAAAUGGGACGGAGACGUAGAUGACCCUGCCGCGGAUAACAUAAUUAAAGUCAUGUUUAAUGAUCCUGGAUGGGAGUGGACCAUGGAAUGCUGGCCAGUCACCGGUACUCGCAAGAUUGUGAAGAUGGAAGUGAGUCCAGUGAAGAAUGAAGUGAGUCCCGUGAAGUCAGAGAGUGUUGUGAAGGAAGAAAGUAGCAGACCUCGGAAGAAAGCUCGUAAGGGUCUUCUGUUUCUGCUGAGACACCUGCGGCGGUAG